AUGGAUGCACAGAAACAGUACUAUAGAAUUCAUGGUAUGCCACUUGAUAUGCAAGUUUGGCUUUAUGAGUGUUGCUCUGUUGUUCAUCCAAAAAUUAUUGUCGAAUAUGCUAGUAGGAUUCCCAGAUUACUCAAUUGGGAGACCACUGAUAAACAUGCUCAUUUUGAGGUUUUCAUUGAAGCCAUAUUAGCUGAUGUUGACAAUCCGGUAACUAUGACAUUACUCUUACAUUAUUACAUUAGAAUUGAGUUAUUUACAUAUGCAGUAGAUGAUACAACCUCAGAUGAUGUUUCUUUAGAUGAUGAUUUUCAAGAUGCUCCACCAGCUAUUGAAAAAACAAAGCAAAGAAAAAAGUUGAUAUUGCAUCCUCCACCACAUAAGAAACAGAAACAAGUGAAGUCAAUAAAGAAAGUUGUGACUCAAAAAACUGUUCCUCGAAGGACUCUUCCUAAGCAGCCGCCUAUCCUAAAGAAAAGAAAAUUUGUUCUCAAGCCUACAGUUAAAGCCAAACCAUCCAAUGUUCCUACUGAUUUUCUCCUUGAUUCUUUUGUAAAGAAGGUGAAGGCUGAGAUCGGUGAUCUGCGCAAGUUGAUAACUAAACACUUCAUGGGUGUUAUGAAAGCUAUCAAAUCAAUCAAGAUUGCCGAAAAAGAUCCUAAUGUUGAAGCUGCGGCUAAUAUACCUAUUGUUCCUCAAUCAUCACCCCAAGAUAUUAAUGCUGCUCGUUUCAGUGGUCACAAUGUUGAAGUUGUGGAAGAUAUACCUGUUGUUUCUCAAUCGUCAUCUCAACAUAUUGGCACUGACCGUUCUAGUACUCCAAAGCAGGGUGAUACUUGUAGCGUUAAGCUCAAUAGUCCAUCAUAUUUUAUUGUUGAUCCGGAUGAUGACAUACAAUUUAAUAAGGUGCCAAAGAAAAAAGAGAUACUAGAAGAAAAUUCACAUCAAAUACAUACGAGUGAUGAACAAGUGAUUAAGGAUGAUGGUGUUGCUACAUUAGGGCCGGAGAUUGAAUCACAGUAUGAGAUCCCUGAUGAGCUCCUUCCAAGCUUAAACUUGAUGAAAAGUAUCAUCAUACAUCCAACUAGAUGUAUAAAGGAUGAUACAACACCUGUACCAAUGCAAAGGAACAGAAAACUUAGUCGCUGGAACUUGUCUCCUUUUACAACAAAGUUUGGAUCAUCAUCUGGUACUUCUGCGAGUGCAUCAUGUGAUUCACCCAUAUUGAACAAAAAACAUCCAUUUACACCUUUUAUCGGUUGUCCAUAUGAUCUGUCUAUUGAGAACAAGUAUUUGAAAUGGAUUAAGGAAGGACUCCUUACUACACAUGAGCGAAAGAAGGACAACGAAGAUCGUUUCAGAAAGCAUAAAUCAAACAUGCCGGUUCCAUUGCAAUUUGGUGUAGAACUUGUCAGUGAUAAGAAUUGGUUUUGUGUUUUAAUGGAUGAACACACUGCAAAAACACCUACAAACAGUGGUAUAAGGAAUAUGAAAUUAGUGUCUGAUGCACCAUCUUUUAGUCUUGGGUUAACUCAAGAAGAUUUAGUUACUGUUGUUUCAAAUCCUUUACAGUUGAGGAAAUCUGGGAGAUCGAAAGAGAUUAGGUCGAAGUUUCGCAACGACGAAGUGAAGAUGACGAAAUUUUUUUAA